AUGGAUCCAAAAAGCGGGUUCAACUCCGUAUCCAGAACCUUCCACAGUCUACGUCCCUCACUCAACCUUCCUCCACCACACACCACAAUCUCAACCGCAACCUACAUUCUCUCCCUCCGCCACAAAUCACCUUCCCCCGACUCACUCACUUUUCUCAUCGACUCAACCACAUCCUACCGAAUCUCUCACUCCAACUUUAUCCAACGCUCACAAACCCUCGCCACCAACCUCAUCACUCUCCACGGACUCACCAAAAACCACACCGCAUUGGUACUUUCCCCAAACAUUAUCCAGGUACCAAUCCUCUACUUCGCACUACUCUCCAUUGGCGUGGUCGUUUCACCCGUAAAUCCAGCUUCUACCCCCUCCGAGAUUUCUCACCUCAUAAACCUCUCAAAACCGAUCAUCGCUUUUACGACCUCGUUUUCAUUUCACAAUCUUCCAAAACUCCCACUCGGAAUGAUUCUCAUUGACUCGCCCGAGUUCGACUCACUCACCAUGGAAGGUAGUACUUCGCCGGUGUCCCCGGUUGUUAAUCAGUCCGACGUGGCUGCGAUUCUGUACUCCUCGGGGACCACGGGGAAAUCAAAAGGCGUAAUGCUUACUCACCGGAACAUUAUGGCGUCGGUGGCGGCGUACGACGCGGUUCGUAUUCCCACGGAGAGUCCCGCCGUGUGUUUGCCCAUGGUGCCUUAUUUUCACGUGUAUGGUUUUACCUACCUUUUGAAGUCAGUGGCAAUGUUGGAAACGUUGGUUGUGAUGGAGAGGUUUGGAUUGGAGAAAAUGCUGGCUGCUUUGCGAAGGUUUCGAGUUACUCAUCUUGUGGUGGCGCCGCCAGUAGUGGUGGCCAUGAGUAAAGAGAGAGCGACGGAGGGGUAUGAUUUGUCGUCAUUGAAAUGGGUGGCUUGUGGUGGUGCUCCGUUGGGUAAAGACAACUUCGAUGCUUUCAAAGCAAAGUUCCCUCUAGUAUCCAUCCUCCAGGGAUAUGGGUUAACCGAAUCAACCGCCGGUGUUAUCCGAUUAGUAGGUCCAGAUGAGGAUAGCCGAGCAGGUACUACAGGUAGGCUGGUAUCAGGGAUGGAAGCUAAAAUAGUGAACCCCAACACAGGAGAUUCCUUGUCUCCUGGUGUACAAGGAGAACUUUGGGUUAGAGGACCUCCAGUAAUGAAAGGUUAUGUUGAUGACCCGGUGGCAACUGCUGUUACUUUGGUGGAUGGAUGGUUGAAAACUGGCGAUAUUUGCUAUUUUGACAAUGAAGGUUUCGUCUAUGUUGUAGACAGGUUAAAAGAAUUGAUCAAAUAUAAAGGUUAUCAGGUGGCUCCUGCAGAGCUGGAACAACUACUCCAGUCUCACCCAGAGAUAAAAGAUGCUGCAGUUGUUCCAUACCCUGAUGAAGAUGCUGGCCAGGUUCCCCUGGCUUUUGUGGUAAGACAACCUCAAAGCUCCAUGGGUGAAGCAGAAAUAAUAGAUUUUGUAGCCAAACAGGUUGCACCAUACAAGAAGAUAAGGCGUGUGGUAUUUGUCCAUUCCAUACCUAAGAAUGCAGCAGGAAAGAUACUGAGGAAGGACUUGUUGAAUAAAAUUAUCGCUAAAGAAACAUUUCCUAGGUUAUAA